AUGGGGAACGUUCACCAACAUGACAAAGAGACUAAGAAGGCCAGAAUUGUUGGCAAAUAUGGCACAGGAUAUGGUGGCAGUUUACAAAAGCAAAUUAAGAACAUGGAAGUAAGUCAACUUGGAAAGUACAUUUGCGAGUUUUGUGGGAAGUGUGCUGUGAAGAGAAAAGUAGUUGGAGUCUGGGGGUGCAAGAACUGUGGUAAAGUGAAGGCUGGGGGUGCUUAUACCCUGAACUCAGUCAGUGCAGUAACAGUGAGGAACACUAUCCAUCAUUUGAGGGAACAGACAGAGGGAUGAGUAGCUGUUGCAGGCUUGCAGCAACUCUGUUUUGUUGGUAGUAGCAAGUUUUCUUAAAAAUUCCAACUUUUGGC